AGCUUUCUUUCAAUAAGAGGUUUCACAAUAAAAAGCAAUUCAUUUUCACUUGAAAAGGGAACCCUUGGCCUUGCUGUCGGGCGUCGGCUGUCGCUACUCGCUAGUUUGGCAAAAUUUGAAACAGAAAAGAGACCUGCCCGACAGCCGUCGUAUCCUUUCGGCGGGAACUCUCUUCUCGGCAGGACUAGUAAACUGGCCGAGCAUUUAGUGGCGGGAAGAAUAUCUGAUCCACAAACUUUCCUUCCCCAUUCGAGGAAAUGAGCAAUAGAAGAUUAACAACACUAUUACAGCCGAGCGCCACGAACCCUAAUAAUCCACCUAAGGACGGCGACGAGACAGCUACUCCCUUCAAGAAGCAAACCCUCGAUCUGGGAAAUGGAAGCGAAAUCAUCUAUUUCCCGCGAUGCUUACCGGUGGAUGAUUCCUGGGAGCUGUUCGAUUAUCUCGACACUCAGAUCCCUUGGACCCGACCCACUGUCAGAGUCUUCGGUCGCUCCUGCCUCCAGCCUAGGGAGACAUGUUAUAUUGCGAGUUCAGGACUGCCACAACUGUCCUACAGUGGGUAUAAACCACAGCCCUAUUCUUGGGACGACUACCCUCCUCUCAAGAACAUCUUAGAAGCUGUUCACAAGGCACUUCCAGGUAGCAAGUUCAAUAGCUUGCUCUUGAAUAAGUACAAAGGUGGGAAUGACAAUGUUGGUUGGCACGCUGACGACGAGAAGCUCUAUGGACCAACUCCAGAAAUCGCGUCGGUUUCAUUUGGGUGUGAAAGGGAGUUCUUACUGAAGAAGAGACCCAGUAAACCCUACUCCAAAGUUCACCGGAAAUCUGAAGAUGAGGAGCCUGCUAAGAAGCGAAUGAAGAAGAGUGAUCAACAUUCGUUCAUGCUGAAGCACGGAUCGCUGCUGGUGAUGAGAGGUUACACUCAAAGGGAUUGGCUUCACUCUGUGCCUAAGCGCGCUAAAAUAGAAGCGACACGAAUCAACUUGACCUUUAGGCUAGUCCUCUAAACAACCCUGGUGUACAAUGCAUCAUGUGAUCAACAAGAAGACUUGAUGAAUUUGUUCCUUCAGAAUGAAGCAUCUGAUGUCUGUUACAGUUUUUCUGCCUAUGUUUGAUGGCCAUGAUCAAACCCUAGUUGAGGAUCAAUUGUACACCGAACACUAACAGAGCCCUUGUUCCUAUUCUUUUCCUUUUGGCGUAUGGACCGGAGUCACUGCCUCAAUCUAUUCGAUGAUUGGAGAGAGCUAGCAUGCUGCUGAAAUGGAGACACUCGGCAACAAGCAUUGUGGAAUGUGCUAAGACGAUCAUAUGCUUGAAAUGAGUGGUCGAGGAUAUGAAUAUAUGUGCAUGCAAGUUUCAUGUUUUGAAUGAUGGCGAAGGAACUUGCCAUAGAGAGGUAUAAGUUGCUAUAUGUGCAAAGUUAGGCUUUCAAAAUUAGAAUGUUAUGAAGCGGGAAUGUAAUCUAGUAGUAUACUACUGAGUUUUGUGCUGUGUUCUGGAUUUUUUUUUUUUAAUUGGGAAUGUCAAAGAAAGAAAACAACCAACUAGUAAAAUCCCUUCCCUCCUUACACUUUUUUUUAUUGAAAUAUGCUCUCGGCUUUUAUUACGUUACUACAUUUAAGUAAUAAGCUGAUCAAUCAGAU